AUGGCGCGCACACAAAGCCCCUCACCCGGCGACUUCGCCAGCACCGGCUCACCACCACCGCACCCACAAACCAAGCGCGACAAAAGACGCACCAUGCUCUCCGACAGGCUCAACGAUAUGGUCGCCUCCUUCGCCGAGAACCGCGAGAUGCACUACCGGGCCCAGAUGCAGGCUGUUCAGGUCGAUAUGAACCUGAUCAUGCACGCCGACCCGUAUGCGAACAACCCGCUCGAGGACAGCCCGCUCGAGAUCGCGGAGAUGAUCACAGCGGGCACGGGAGGGAGCAUGCAGUUCACAACUGAGGUGCACUCAGACUACCUGGCGAGGGUGGGCAGGUUCUACGAGAAGUUCGUCGAUGACGUGAACAGUGAGAUGGAGAAGAGGGACUACCAACUGACUAUGCUUUGGAACAAGGCCCAGAGUAGCGUCCACGAGCUGAACCAAACCCAUGCCUACCGAGUCCGCCUGGCAGAGGAAGAACACCGCCAAUUGGCCAACACACUCCGCGACCGACUCAUCACGAGCAUCGGCUCUCGGCGGGCGAAGCUCGUUCGCGACAAAGAGCAGCUAGACAUCAGCGACAACAACGCCCAGCUCCUCAACCCGAACCAGUACACCAUUGCACCAGGCAGCCCCGGCGGCCCCCAGAACCCCCGGAAGACCCGCCACACCCGGCACCGCGUCGGCGACCCAGAGGAUCUUGUCGCAGCAGCAGCAGAGAAGCAGCGCAAGCGUAAGGCUGCGCUGGAGGAGAACGACAAUGGCUCGCCAGGCCUAGCGCAACGCAACGCCGACUUGGGCUUCGGCUCACCCUUCCGGGACGCGCGAACAAAGAAAGAGUACACCCAAUUCGAAGCCGGAGCAUACACGAUCGACCGGCUCUUCACCGAGAAAGAGCUCGCAAUGACCAUGAACCACGCCUCGCUAGCCGCGACCUCCUUCUUCGCUAAAGCCGCAUCCCAGACCCUCGUAAAUGGCCACGCGGCCACCGCGCUUGACAGCCUCCCCAACGGCGACGUUCCCCAACUCCUCGACGCUCCCGACAACGACAUGACCAACGCCCCCACAGCCACAGCCACAGCCACAGCCACAGACCCAGACUCGGCCUCCCCCUCCGACGCCAGCGCCCCCGCGCUUGCAGCCCCAGAAAUGGAACGCCAACCCUCCCAUGCCACGCGCGCCACCACGCGCACCGCACCCCCACCCUCGCUCUCCGCCGCCGUGCUCCGCGCCCUCCCUCCACACCCAGGCGCCUCCGCCGUCCCCGUCAUCCUCCCCGCGAACCUGGCCUCAAAGCCCAACGCCGCAGCCCCUCCUCCGGCACCUCUCUCCGCUGCAGAUAUCGAGAGCGACCUCGCGUUCCUGGGCCGCGGGGUCGGGGCCGAGGAUCCGUGGAAUGAGAGGCUGCUUGAUGCGGCGGUCGGCGGGGUGUGGACGAGGCAGGUCGAGGUUAGGGCGCCCGGGUGGGUGGGGGGAGGGGUCCCCGAGGUUAGGGCUCUGGAGGAGGGGUUUGGGGAGGGGGAGGGAGGGGUGGUGAUGAGUAGCCAGGCGAGUAGCAAUGGUGGUGGUGGGGGGGGGGGGGGGGGGGGGAGGGUGGGAGGAGGGUUAGGGCGAGGGCGAUUUGAUCGAUUUGUGUUGAUGUAG